CGGAGUGUGGGCUGUGUGGCUGUUUCUCUCUGAGGAAAUACUUCAUCUCCUGCUGCAACAAUGACUUCAGUUCGGGCUUUGAGGGAGUUUAUCAACGAGAGACUCGCUGCUGUCGCCGGAGAAAUCUUCGCCGUGUUUGAACAAACUAUCGUCCAGUACGAGGAAGAGAUGGCUCGUCAGGACAGGCUGAUCCUCAGCUUCCAGCCUCACAUCAAGCUCCGCAGAACAGAGCUCCCACAGCAUCAUGACUGUACAGAGGAGCAGCUCUAUAAACUGGAAACAAACUACUAUCUCGAGCAGGGAGAACCAGAACCUCCACAGAUCAAGGAAGAACCUGAACCUCCAGAGAUCAAAGAGGAACAAGAAUUCCUACCGUUUCAAGAUUACCAGGAGGAACCAAAGCCUUUACAGAUUGAGGAGCAGGAGGAACUCUGUACCAACCAGGAGGGAGAGCGGCUUGUACUGAAGUUUGAAGGUGAAACCUUGAAGGUUCCUUCUGUUCAGGAGCAAAGCUACCAGACUGAACCAGAAGUAGCAGACACUGAGCAGUUCCUCUCUCUUGACUCUGAAGUCCAUGAUAUGAAAAAACAUAUUGACUCAGAAUCAACUAGAAAUGCAGAGAUGAACAAAAUCAGCGCAUUUCAAAGUGACUGUGUGGAGAACGUUCCUGUGUCAGAGAAUCAGGCUGAGUGUGAAAAGAUUCUUUGUGAGGAAAUCUGUGGGAAAACUGUCCGUAAAAAACGUAAAUUAUGUCAGAACUUAAGAAGUGUCACUGAGAAGAAGAUAGUUUGUGAAAUCUGUGGUCAAACUUACAGCCGACAGACUGAAUUGUUGGUCCACAUGAGAACUCACACAGGUGAGAAGCAGUAUGUUUGUGAAACAUGUGGGAAACGUUUCACAGAACAGGAAAAACUGUUGAACCACAUGAGAGUUCAUCCAGGUGUGAAGCCGUUCUCUUGUAAAAUAUGUGGGAAAUGUUUCAGUCAACCAUACUAUGUGAUAAAUCACAUGAGAACUCACACGGGCGAGACGCCGUAUUCUUGUAACAUAUGUGGGAAAAGUUUCAGUGUUCGAUGCACUUUGUCGCGCCACAUGAGAAUUCACACCGGAGAGAAGCCGUAUUGCUGUGAGGCGUGUGGGAAAUGUUUCAGUAUACAGAGUAAUAUGUUGGUUCACAUGAGGAUCCACACAGGUGAGAAGCCGUUUUCUUGUAAAAUAUGUGGGAAAAGCUUCAGUCGACAUUGUACGUUGCUGCGCCACAUGAAAAUUCACAAAGAGGCGAAGUCAUGAGAGACUCUGGAGAUCAGUCAGGAGUUAAAUCUUCAGCCCAAAAUCACAAGGCAUUCUGUGUUUUUAUUUUUUUAUUUUUAUUUUUUAAAUAGUCUCAUUGACUUGUCAUGUGUCCUUAAGCUUCAGUUGUAGCUUAAUAGCGUUUCCUGCUGUUCACUGGUGGACUUAUAGCAAGAUGAUGCAUCAAAAGUAAAUCUGAUAAAUAACAAGACCC